AUGAACUUAAAACUGCUGAUGGAUCCAUAUUCGUGAUUUAUAUGCCUCCAAAUGUAACGCCUUUAAUUCAGCCUAUGGAUCAAAAUGUGAUUCGCUUAACUAAGUUGUAUUACAAAAAGCAUCUCCUGCUUUUAGCUGUAGGAAAGGAUGACAUCACACAAUUUCUUAAACAUUUAACUUUAAAGGAAGCUGUAUCAUUUUUAAUGCUUGCUUGGAAUCAGCUGCAGGCAAAUGUAAUAGUAAAAUGUUGGAAGCCUUUAUUAGAAUGCUUAAAUACUACAGAAGCAAAUGAAAGCGAGGAUGAAGACGAUGAUAUUCCAUUGAGCUUACUUCGUGAAAAAAUAUUGCAGGAAAAAUGUGAAGAAGUUCAUGAUAUACAGGGUCUGCUGCAAAUUGUAUUACCGGAGGAAACCUACACUGAACAAGAUAUUGAGAAGUGGAAUUCAAUCCAAGUUGACGAAGAAAUUGAUUUAGAUAAUUAUGCCAUGGAUACUGAAGAAUCUGGUAGUGACAGCCAAGGCGAAGGACAGAUCGGAAAUUCAAUAAAAGCUACUGAAGCCAUUAAAAGCUUCGAUAUAGCUAUCGCAUGGGCUGAAGCUAACACCACUGACUAUGCUGGCAUACUAGUACUGAAAAGUCUACGCGAAAAAGCGGUCCAAAAGUCAAUUUCCGAACACAAACAGCAAACAUCUAUUCGUAAAUUCUUUCAAUAG